UCUGCUGCCAUCUGCUCCAAUUCUCCAAUUAUAACAGCAGAGGUGGGGGAUAUCAGACUGUGGUGAGCAGGUGGCGUGGGGGGAACAUCAGCUCCAGUGGCCUUGACAGACCCAUGUGGGCUGGAGACGCUCCCGGAUGCCACGAGCUCCGCUGGCAUUUGCAUGAAGGUGGGACUGCGCCUGCUGCACUCCCAGCUAAACCAAAGACCUCUCUUGGGGAUAUCCCUACCAUUCCUUCCCUCUCAGGGGUGCUUUGCUCUGCACCCCACCGUGCAUGUGUCCAGCACUGCAGUUCGAGCCCUUUCUUGGCUCUCUUUUUUUGGAAAGGUACUCAUAUUCAUCAUCUCUCUGAUGCUCUCUGGAAUUUCUGCCUGCAUCAAUGUUUUGGGAAGCCAAAGCUGGGUUGGAUUCAUCAUUUGAGCUGAAAAUAACUUGCAGACUGUGAGGCAAACGGCAAAUCCUGGCUUACCAUCCUGAGGCUGUCAUAGUCAGCAGUGAGGGAGUCCCUUUCUGGAGCCACCCAAGCUGUUCUUGCUGAGUAGUGCCAGCCUGCUGCUGUGGCUCCUCCCUUCCCAUCCAUCCAUCCCUGUGGCCAAAGGCUCAGAAGAGUCAUUCUCCAGCCAGAUCUUCUGCACUGCCUAGGCCAAAGCACUGCGUCCUGCUAACGGGUCUUACUGGUUUAGGCUAGGAAACCCCAUCUGUGUUCCUAACCACCGGGUAUUUCUUGUGCGGCUGAUCAUGGUCCAAGUAGAGACUCCCACUUUCUGUCAGCAGGAAAGCACCAGGCACUUUGCUGGUGUUUCUGGUGAGUGGUGGCAAAGAGGCAUUUCCCCGGGCACGUUCCCCUGUAGUACUUUGACCCCAGUGCUCCUUGCUCCCAAGAGGAAGCAGAGACUGAAGCCUUUGGUGCACUCGCUCACCUCUUCCCAGCAGAGAGGACUGACUGUUGAGCGCACAGCUCACCCUGUGAACGGCCUCGGAAAGGGGAAGCUUGUCAGUGAGUCAGUGGGAGAGAGAUGGAUUGUUCUCUGAAAAUAUAACUUAUCUCCACCCUGCGCUUGUUUCACACAGGAUGACGAGGGACAAGGUCCACUCCCAGGAGCAAACUCCUUUGGGAACGGUGUUUGGCUACUUUUGAACGGCAGCGUUGGUGCCUGAGCUCCUCUCUGCAGAGCUGAGGUGAUUUAACCCCAUAAAACAACUCCUAAGCCCCUCUGGAAACGUUCAAGCAGAACGGUCUUGCUUGGUUUCUCCGGUUCCCAUGGCUUGGUGAGGAUCGGUGCUGUUAGGAGGUGUUAGUCCUGCACACCAGCCUUUCCUUUGCGUUGAGGCUUCCUCUCUCUGCUGUGUAACAGGGAGGAGGAUGCACACAGCCCUGAGUAAAAUGCCAAAAGCAAAGGCUAAACUCGUGUUCCAGCAAUACCACUGGCAGGGUGAUGGAUGCUUUUGUCCCAGUUAUACUUGCUGGGGUAGAAGGUUUGGUAUCCCUCGUAUUCUGUGCUUUUAUAUGCCUUUGCCCGUUGCGCUGCUGGAGUUUUGUAUCCUUACAGUAGCGUCGUGGAGGAAAUACUUUGUGCACAAUUCUUACGUUUCUUAUAAUUUGGCAGCUCCUGGUUGCUAAGUGCAUGAAUCUCCGGUGUGGGUUGGUGGAUUUGUUGUUAUGGUGAUGCUCCAUGGGCAAAAUUUAGAGGAGCUGCUGCUGGAUUCACCCAUCUGCAAUUGGCCUGAUGGUUGCCAUCGUCAGCCGUGCUUUGGCCAACUGUACCUUGUGGAUGGGGGCUUUAUUUCACAUGCAGUGUGUUAACGUACGCAGUGCUUUACACGGAGUUUAGUGUCAGGGUGAUGGUGUUCCCAGGGAGUCAGUUCUUGUGUGUGGCCAAGUUCCUCUGGGCUCAGUUAGGACGGUUGCUGGAGAUGGGCAGUGGAACCUUGAGGAACCCCUUCGCUCUGGGAACAAGCACGAGCCCGUGCUAACAAGGAUAUCUGAACCUGUCUCCAUUUCUCCUGCUCCUCAGUUCAUCUGCCUGUAAAAAAGCACUGGCAGACGUGAAUCCCCGUCCCUGGAGGGGUUCAAAAACCGUGCAGCCGUGGCCCUUGGGAACACAGUUUAGUCGUCAUAGCGAGGUUGGGCUGAUGGUCGGACUGGAUGAGCUUAGAGACCUUUUCCAGUAUUAAUGAUUCUGUGACUCUGUAUUCCUUUCCUCUCACCCACUUAUAUUUUCAGAGUCAGUGGAAUUGCAGAUGCCCAGCAGAGAUGUAACUGGAGCGUGCUGUUAAAUAAGGGUGAUUUACAGCCAUCGCACCCCUUGUUAGCGCCGUGCACAGCCACAGGCACACGUGGAGCCUUGUGGUGCAGCAGCAGCCACCCUCCCAAUGUCCCAAAGGGUGCGUUUGGCCUCUCCAGCACUCGGUGUGAGCAGAUCCUGCCAUGCCAGGCUGAGCAGUUAAGCAUGAGGGGGCUCAUUUGCCGGUUUUCUUUGACUUCCAGCCAACCUUUAAACUCGAGCACUCUGAUUCUUGCUGAAAUGCAGCGCUGGGCAAUGAUUUCCACAUGCCUGCAUGUGCACAAGGGAGAACUGUCCACGGGCAGGGAAGGCAUUGAACACAUUUUCUUUCCAUGACUCGGUGCCGGCGUUACUAUUGAAUGUCAGGGCAGCGGGAAGGGAACGGCUGCCCGGAUGCAGUGACUGUAAAAUAUUCCCCGCAGACCCGCACACAGCCGCUUGCCUUGCAGCAGCACACAUGCAUGCCCAUGUGAGUUUAGGAGUGGAGAAAACGUGCCUGUGAGCUUCUGGGGAUCUGGAGGGAUCAGCAUCUCUGACACCGCUCCCUGCAGCAGCGGAAUGAGGCCGGAGGAGCUGCCGGAAGAAAAAAGGUGAAACCCUGCUGGAGCUGCUCUGUGUUUCCUCUGGCUCCGACGUCCCUCGCAGCACAAGGUAAAAUGAACAAGAUGAAAAACUUCAAGCGGAGGUUUUCACUCUCAGUUCCACGGACAGAGACCAUCGAGGAGUCACUGACAGAGUUCACGGAGCAGUUCAACCAGCUCAACAACCGGAGGAAUGAAGACCUAGCUCAAGGGCACCUGCAGCUGGGACACCUGGGCAGGGACUUCCGAGCAGACACCAGCCCCAUCUCCCCCUCCGAGGUGGAAGACCAGUCCCCGAUGGCUGUGCGCUACCGCACCAACAACCAGCGCCGCUUCUCCAUGGAGGAUGUCAGCAAGCGUCUCUCCCUGCCCAUGGACAUCCGCCUGCCCCCCGAGUUCUUGCAGAAGCUGCAGAUGGAGAGCCCAGAGUUCCCCAAGCCCCUCAGCAGGAUGUCCCGACGGGCAUCUCUUUCAGAUAUUGGAUUUGGGAAGAUGGAAACCUAUGUUAAACUGGACAAACUGGGAGAGGGCACUUACGCCACUGUCUUCAAGGGACGCAGCAAGCUGACUGAAAACCUCGUUGCCCUGAAGGAAAUCCGCCUGGAGCACGAGGAAGGGGCACCUUGCACAGCCAUACGGGAAGUGUCAUUGCUGAAGAACCUGAAACACGCCAACAUCGUGACCCUGCACGACAUCAUCCACACGGAGCACUCUCUCACCCUUGUCUUCGAGUACCUGGAGAACGACCUCAAACAGUACCUCGAUAACUGUGGGAACCUGAUGAGCGUGCACAAUGUGAAGAUUUUCAUGUUCCAGCUGCUGCGUGGGCUGGCUUAUUGUCAUGGGAGAAAGAUCCUGCACCGAGACCUCAAACCCCAGAACCUGCUCAUCAACGAGAGAGGAGAGCUCAAGCUGGCUGACUUUGGACUAGCCAGAGCCAAGUCAGUCCCUACAAAAACAUAUUCCAAUGAGGUGGUCACGCUGUGGUACCGUCCCCCUGAUGUCUUGCUGGGAUCUACUGAAUAUUCCACACCUAUCGACAUGUGGGGUGUUGGGUGCAUCCACUACGAGAUGGUCACCGGCCGGCCCAUGUUCCCGGGCUCCACGGUGAAAGAAGAGCUGCAUUUGAUCUUCAGGCUGUUGGGAACUCCAACAGAAGACACCUGGCCUGGAAUAACGUCCAGCGAGGAGUUUAAAGCUUACAAUUUCAUGCAGUACCGAGCUCAGCCGUUAAUAAAUCACGCCCCAAGGCUGGACUCGGAAGGCAUUGACUUGCUGACGAACCUCCUUCUGUACGAAGCCAAAGGCCGGAUCUCGGCGGAGGCAGCGCUGCGGCACGCUUACUUCAAGAGCCUGGGAGAGCGGGUGCAUCUCCUGCCUGACAACGCCUCCAUCUUCUCCCUGAAGGAGAUCCAGCUUCAUAAGGAUCCUGGCUACCGAGGCUCAGCAUUUCAGCAGUCAGCCCGAGGGAAGAACAGGAGGCAGAGUAUAUUUUAAACUCGGAUCUCAUGUUCUUCUUGUCACCAUGGAGAUCAAAGCACUGAGAAAGGAGAUGGCAACGCGCUCCCACCUGACCCAACACAGAAUUACUGACUCGAACAGGACAAUGCUGAAGCACCCUUGGCCACAGGCUGUCCCCUGCCCAUCUCCACAUCCACAGCCCCUAGAGCUGCUGUUGUGGACCCGUGGCCUCUUUUCCCCUCUUUGUUUUCAUGUUGUCCCCAUCAGAUGUGAGCUGCCACCCUCUGUGCAGGUGCUGUAGUGAGGAGCUGCCCUGGGCAUCGCCGGGAACGUGGGGUCGUGUGCUGCCCCCGAGAACUGCUUGCUGCCCUCGGAGGGGUGACUGAGGCGUGGAGAGGUUUUGCGAGCAGACAGUAGUAUCUCCGAAGCCGGGCUGUGGAUCAUAGCAUUUGACCCCACGGGCAUUUCUGAAAACGCACCUUUGCUCAAACGAUCUGCUCUGUCCCCGCUGUUCCUUGGGGAGAUGCUUUGCAGCCACACUGUGAGUUGGAGGCACGACCCAGCCUGGCACUGGAGAGACAGCACCCGAAGCACAAGCACCAUGGCAACCCUCCCUUAUCUGCCCUUGCUCCUGCCUACGUGACCCUUUUUUCUCUCCCCGUCUUCGGUACCUGAAUCUUGACAAGGAUGGCACGGCUGGGAGGAGAAGGCUUCCUAUUGCUUCCUCCGGCAUCUCCCCCUCUUGCCACCCUUGCGUUUCCAAACUGAUUCAGCUGGCCGCUGCCCAGGGAUGUCCUGAGCGGAGAGCAAGGACUGGCUUAGCUGGCAGGGCUGGUGCUUGCUGGCAGAGCUGGGCAGCAGUGGGACCAAACGAGAAUCCGUGCUGCCUCGCAUUGCUGCGCUGAGCCCCUCAGGCACCAUUGGAACAGCCCCCUUCUCCUUGCUGAGCCUGCCGCCCCCCAGCCCACGACCCCUCUGCUAUCAGCGCAAGGGGCAGGACACGGAUCCCAGCUGGCAUCUCCGGAGCGCAUCUCCCCCCACAUCCCAUGGCAGAGCCCGAGCUGCGCAGCCGCUCCGUACCAAAGUGUUGCACACACCCACCUCAGUGCAUUUUCUACCCAAAGGAAGGGGGAGAGGUGCCAAACCUCCCACAGCUCAGCUGUGGGGACCAGAAAUAGACCUGGGGAGAAGCAAAUCAUCCCUCAAGCCUCAUCACCCGGUCUCUACAUUUGUAGCCAACACCAGAUCGAUGCCGUGGGACCGAGGUGCUUGCUUAGGUCUGAGCGUGCUUUGCUGACCAAGGAUGGCUGCUGGUGUGCUUUUCCCUCUGUACACUUCAGGAACGUGCCAAAUCCAUCCUGAGUGAAGAGGUCCUACUGCACCUCUCUUCCACAGCCUGCAAACAAACCUCUUCAAGCUGUAUGAGCCGUGCAAGAAGCCUCUCUACUGUAUAAUAUUCACAUCCUUUUUUUGGCUGUCCCGGAUGACGAGUCCUCUCACCCACCAGUCCUCCACCCCAUGGAUGUGGCCAGGAGACUCUGGAUUUGACAGGCGCUGGGACUGUCACCUGGCACUGGGACUAACAGGACAUGCUGAUGUCUCAGCCCAUCACGCUCCCUUUGCUCAGGGCAGGGAACUCUCUGUGCCGCUGUUGCCCUGUCGAGCUGGGAGCGAGGGCUCUGUUUUCUGCUUUUCUGUAUUUCUUCUGUGAUCCUCAGAAAAUGAGGAUAAAUGAGGAGACCCCGGAGCUCCCCAAGGCUUCCGAGGCGACUCCUCCCCGUGCCAGUGCUCAACACGAUGCGAACACCGAGCUUCCCCCAUCAGACCAAAGCUGUUAAUUCGGGUUUGUCCUAGACAAGCAUCCAGACGUCUGCAUUGUUUGAGGUUUGCCCAUCCCUGCUCAGUUCCCUUCUCAGUGUGCCCAGCAUACAGCGAGCUGAAUAGUUCAUUAAUUGGUUCCAUUUGAUAGGGAAGAGCGUGAAAUGCCAUCAGCCACCAGUGACGCAUUUCACCCUGGUGUCAGGGCAGUGCUUUGCCUGGUUUCUUACACCCAUCUCCUGCUGCGUGGGGCUUUUCAGUAGAGAGCUUCGCCAAGGGAGGUGUUGGCUUGGAGUAAGUCUGAACUCACACACUCUCAUCUUUUCUUUUGCAAAGGCAUUUUAUUCAGGAAUUUUCUUUGGCAUGGCAGGGAUCUGUGGUGCAGAGUUGCGUUUCUGAGGGCAGCCAGCUCCCAUCAGGAAUUAGCAGCUCGGCAGGCAGGACGCGGCAUCUCCUGAGACCCUGCGGCAGCACCUUCAGGUACACGGGACAGAGAGUGCUGGUGUGUCCAGGGGAGCGGAGUCCACAGCAGUCUGUGCGCACAGAUGGGAUGGGGAGCAGAAACCCCCUGCGGGCACUCUUGGGAAGCUCAUUCAGGAUGUGUUUGACCUGCGUUUGUGCAGUUUUCUUGCUUGGUGUUAUCAUCUCCGUGCACUGAGGUUACCUUGGGGCACAGGGUGCCCAGCUGAGCAUCCUGCUUUCACAUGGGGGGGACGAGGCAGAGGACCCGGUCUUGUGAGAGAGGUGUUCCUGCUGAAGGUUAAGGUCACCUGUGGAAACCGCUGGGGAGAAAUGUUUGGGAAAAUCCUAGCAAUGGCUGUGUAAACAGGAUUGCUUCACCCGGAAUCAGAUAGUGAAGACAAAGGGCCUAUUAGCUGCUGUUUAUUCUUUUCUAGCCUUUGCCUUUCCUCCUACAAAUCCUUCCUAAAGGAGACACUAUUAUUUAUUAGCCCUGUGCACUGCUAACUGCCUCAAUAUAAGAUAACCCCUUUUGUUCCACCGCAUUUAGUGGAUAUUUGAUUCCUAUUCAGGAGGACGAUAAUGUAUGUAAAUAUUUGGUGCCCACUGAGCAGGGUUGGAUUUAUAAACUCUGGUUGCUGCUGCACUUGCACGUGUUGGCUGGCAGAGCCCUGAGCCUCUGAUCCCACGUGGCACAGUGCCCGCUGCGAAGAAAAGGAGCUGCAGGUUAGAAUCAUAGAAUAGUUUGGGUUGGAAGGGACCUUAAAGAUGGUGAAGAAAUUCCUCCUUAUGUCCAAUCUAAAUCUGCCCCUCUCCGGUUUAUCCCCAUUGCCCCUCAUCCCAUCCCCACAAGCCUUUGUGAACAGCCCCUCCCCAGCUUUCUUAUAGCCCUUUCUGAUACUGGAAGGUCGCUGUAAGGUCUCCCCGCAGCCUUCUCUUCUCCAGGUGGAACAACCCCAACUCUCUCAGCCUGUCCUUGUACGGGAGGCGCUCCUGGCAGGUUGGCAGUUACCAAAGCCGAGAGCCAAAUCCCCCUUCUCCAUCUCCCGGAUGGUGAGGACUGCAGGGUCUGUCUGGGUUGUUGGGGAACAGCAUCCAUCAAUAGCUCAGUUUGGGCAGAUCCGGAGCAGAGAAUCUGCGUGCAGGGAAGGAAACGUGCAGCGGUGCUGCUCGGCCCCAGGCAGGCUUUCCCCAGCUUUUGGAGCACCAGCCGGCCAAGUUGGAUUUUUAAAGUAGCGCUAAUGGAAAUGCCAGGAAUGUCUGUGGCUCUCCAGCGUUUUGUUCAUGUUGUGGGUUUUCCCAUCCGCGGCUUAGCGCAGUGGUUGGCACCGCUGGCUUUGACAAAAGGAAACUUAUUUUGUCUUCCAGGUGUUUUCCUUGCAUUCUUUUUUUUUUUUUACCAGUUCUGGUGGAAAACAGAGUUUUGGCUGUGCCCUCAGGAAAGUCCCUAUUCCUUCGUCUCUCCAGCUGAUAGCUAGUUAAACAAAUGGGAGUGAAUAAUGUGUAAAGCAAGGUCUGUGUUAUGGGGCAAUGAUAAAACUUAGAGGCAGAGCUAUCGAUUUUCACCCUCUCCGUGUGCACAUGCGCACGCCUUUCCUGGCCCAACCUGUUGCCAGGUCUGUGCGAAGUUUUAAAUAACAAAUCUGCAUCGUAUCUUGGAGACUAAGGACAAAUUACAUGGACUUUGUCUUCUCCCUUACAGAUGCAACAAAUAAUAAUUAGAAGGCCAUUUUCCCAAGCUUCUCCAUGUUUUCUUUGGGCUUUCCCCCUAUGACUUAUGUUAGAACCAUGGAGUUAUUGGGUUAGAAGGGACCUCAAAGCCCAUCCAGUUCCCUGCCAUGGGCAGGGACACCUCCCAUUGGAUCAGGUUGCUCCAAGCCCCAUCCAACAUGAGGUUAAAAGUGACACGAUGUCACCUUCCACAGGCUGGGAAUCUCUGCCUGAGCUGCUCUCCUGUCUCUGUACUCUCUGGUCUUGUAAGGAACGCGUUUGGAUGUCCCUUUAGCUCUCCCCAGUAGCGAUGUCUGGGUGCAAACACUGUGAAACCCACUUUCAUUGCCUUCUCCCAUCACGCUUGUCCUACAGCAGGAAAACUAGAUCCGAGCAGCCAGGAUACACAUACUGUGAACGUUCUCUGGUGUGAUCCAUUUGCAGAAGACCAAUAAUAUAUUUAACUAGUGUUGUACAAAGGAAAGAUGCAUUUUAAAAGAAAUGAAUUUUAAAGAUUUAUUCCAAAAGAAGCAAUGAUUUUUUUAUAGAAAGUUUUUCUGGAAUAAAUGGAAAGGUACAAAAAAA